AUGUCCUCCAAUGUGGUAAAAUGUGUAAAUUGCAAUGUUGUAAUUAAUGAGCUCCUUGCUUUCGUGAACAAUAAGAUCGCUGUAAUGGAUGACGAAAGUAUAAUCAAGAUUUGUACUAGUUCCUUCUCUGAGGAAGAUAUAGUGGUAGCAAAAAAUCUACUAUUCGAUUCUCUGCCAAAAAGAAGACGUAAGAUAAUUCGCAAAAAAAGUGGCAAAUCUCUUAGAGAUAUAGACGAUAUAGUGUGUCUUCUACGUGAUACCGACCCCGAGGAGAUUCCCGUGUUCGUCGCAAAGGAUCUGGAGAAAUUACCUCCAGUGUUAUUUGAUCACGUCGACGUCACUAGACUUUUAAAAGAUAUCGUGAAGAUGCAGCAAGAUAUUAAAGAUAUCAAACAGGGAUACGUAACUAUGGAUCAUUUAAAGCAAUUUCAAUCUGAACUGAAUAUACAUAAACAAUCUUGCGCACUAAAUAAUUACGAUCGUAAUGUGAAUAUAAGAAGGGGCGCGGGUUGUUUACUUGACAGUUUUGAGCGACACAGUGGUCCUAUGGGAUUGCCUCCUGUCACGAGAACCGACAAUGAACAACAUGAGUUAUAUUUACAAAAUACAAACUAUUGCAAUAUUGAUCAUGAUAUUUGUUCGUAUGAGGGUAGCCACAACUCGCCGCAGCUCGAAUUUUGUAAACAAAAUAACGUCGCGGCGACUACAGCGAUGACUCACACGAACGAGUCGAGCGAGCGACUGCCACCGCCUAUUGUAUGUGAAAGCAAGUCCGAUAAUUCGAGACACACGGCCGCAUCGCGCGGCGAACAGUGUAAUGCUCAGAAAAUUAAAUCGACAGCUGAAGUCGUUAAAGGAGGCGAAUGGAAGCAGCAAAAACAUAGUGAUGAUUGGAUAAAAGUUCAAAGAAAAAGGAUGCGUAAUCGUUUUAUGGGGAAGACAGGAAGAGCAACUAUACAACCUGGAAAUAAUUUCAAGGCGGCGGAAAUUAAAAUACCUAUUUACGUUUACAAUGUGGCGAAGGAUGUGACCAUGUGUGACAUCAAUGAUUAUAUUAAAACCAAGACUAAUAUGGAGACUAUGUCGCUCAGCUGA